CCAAGGAGCUUCCCCAGCAAGCAGCUCACCGUCUGCCUGGCCCUGGGCACCUGUGUCACCAUGCGGUUCCUGGUUCUAUGCCUCGCCCUGGUCCUGGGGGAGACUGGUGCGGCACCGCCCAUCCAGUCCCGGGUGAUAGGAGGCGAGGAAUGUUUGAAGGACUCCCAGCCCUGGCAGGUGGCUUUGUACCAUUUCAGCAACGUCAAGUGCGGGGGCGUCCUGGUGGACCCUCAGUGGGUGCUCACCGCCGCCCACUGCAUCAGCGACGAGUACCAGGUCUGGCUGGGUCGCCACAGCCUCUUUGACGAUGAAGACACAGUUCAGCACGUCCACAUCAGCAAGAGCUUCCCUCACCCAGGCUUCAACAUGAGCCUCCUGGAGCCGCACCCUGAAAACCCAGACGACGACUACAGCCACGACCUGAUGCUGCUCCGCCUGGAGGAGCCGGCCGAGAUCACAGACUCCGUGCAGGUCGUGAAGCUGCCCACGAAAGACGCAACGCCAGGGACCUCGUGCGUGGCCUCGGGCUGGGGCAGCAUAGAGCCAGAUGCCAGCCUUCCUGUGUACCCAGAUGAGCUGCAGUGUGUGGACCUCAAAAUCUUGCCUAAAAAGAAGUGUGAAGACGCCCACGUCUCCAAGGUGACAGACAGCAUGCUGUGUGCCGGGCACCUGGAAGGCGGCAAAGACACCUGUGUGGGUGACUCGGGGGGCCCAUUGGUCUGUGAUGGCAUGCUGCAAGGUAUCACAUCAUGGGGCCACAGCCCGUGUGGCCUCCCCAAGACACCCGGCAUCUACACCAAUGUGAAACAGUACCUGGAGUGGAUAGAGAAAACCAAAGCAGACAACCCCUGAAUGCCCCAUGCUGUCCCUGCUCCCAAUGAAACAAAAAUGCUUCAAAUGAG